CCGUGAACUCCUCACGAAAGUAGACCGUCGCUUGCACGGAGCAUGCUACUAAAAGCACCGCAAUGGCGUUCAAAAUCUGCAUUUUGCUGAUUUUUUUGUUUUUGUUUUUUAGAUUCAGUGUCGGCUUCAGACUUGCCCUUCCCUGGGGGUCUGAAUGGAGGGAGUCAGUGUCGGAGAGAAGACUGGCUUUCGAGAGGAGCCGCUCAAGCUAACAGAUGUCCGCACGCCAUUGGUCGACAACACUGGACGUGUGGACCAAUCACAAUCGACCACGAACCAUAGGUUCCUUUCAGAGUCUGAUCCAGGAUCAGCACGUAGUUCCGUGGUACACGGAAAUGGAGAGCCACGGGGCGUCACUUCCCAAUGCCAUUCCCAAUGAUUUAUUAUAACUCAGCCAGAUUUGUUAUUUUUUACCAUAACAAGACGACAAAUAUUGUGUAGUUGACGCUCCUAAAAUGAAAAUUGAUGGCUUAAAUGCCAAUUACCGUAGUUUAAAAAGCACGCCAUCGCAAAGACGUGACUAUGACGUAAGCAAAAAGAAUUCCAAAGUACUCGUACUUCUAACGUAAAAAUACUUCAAACAGUAAAAUUGAGUCGUACGUAAUAAUGAAGUACAGCACGUACCUUUUCGUGCUGAAGUGCACAAGGGUGGAGCUACAUGAGGAAAUUAAUGUACAUCGUUUGUUCGAAUUCGAAAGUAGCAUACAGAAUAUUAGUUUUUGUUAAUGCAAAAAUAAUGCUAAUGGACAACCGCAUACCUACAACGUAGAAACCCACUUCUAAACGAUGGAAUCAUCUGAAGAUAAUUAUAUGCAGGCAAGGAAGGCUCGCCAAGAGGAGCUCACCCCUGCACACCGUUAUGUGAUCAACAUCCUGGCCAUAAAGUUGGCUUUGGAGCCAUCAGUGGUGGAGGAGUUCAUUUUGGAUUUGACUUCGCUGGCUCCUUUCGAUGACUUUUUUGCCAAGGGAGGAAGCUCAUCUCUUUCCUUUUUGUACCAAGAAGCAAAACCUCCAGGAAUAGAGUGUGGUCGCUCCUUCCCAGGCGUGGGGAAAGCAUUGCGGCUCUCCUACGCCAAUUUAGCAGAGACACGCCUCACGGGCAUUUAUUGCUCCUUCACGAGGGUUCGAGUCAACGUCGCUGUGACAUCAGAUAAUGUGCAUCAGGAGGUCUUCUUUUCCAGCUUCGAUGGCCGGGAUGGCUGCCCAAAAGCAAUCAAAAACAGCUUCAACAAUCUACUGCCGAGUUUCCAAGCCAUCCAAAAGUACGCCGCCCUCGACAAGUCUAAGCGCAGGUCCAAAAUGAAGCCUGGCUUCCAGCAUAUCUUCAAGAAUAGUGUCAGCGGCAUAGAAGGGAUCCAGUUGAUCACAAAGAGUGUGAAACUCACUGAAGCUAAGGAUGUUGACAUCAAGAAAUUGGCGUCCAUUCAGGAUAUGAAAUCGGCAACAGCCAACCUUGACAUAGUUAAGGAUCUGGAGAAGCUCGUGGUGCAGUGGCAUAAGGAAAUUGACCAGGUGUUGCUGGAGACGAUGGCGCUGAAGCACGGUCUCGUGACGGAAGGGCCACUGAGCGAGCUGGAGUACUGGAAGCAGACGUUUUUGAAGUUCAACACCAUCCUCACUCACAUCAAUAGCUCAAAGUGCAGGGCGGUCAUAGCCGUGCUGAAAAUCAGCCGUUCUAAGACGCUGCGGACGUGGCCCAUGCUGGAGUCUCGGGUUACGGAUAACUUCAACGAGGCAAAGGACAAUGUCAAGUUCCUGGACGCCCUGGAAAAAGCAUGUCAGCCACUUUACACCAGUGACCCUGCCACCAUAGUGAAAAACGUGCAGAAUAUCAUCAAUGCCGUUCAGAUGAUCCACACCGUGUCACGAUACUACCAUACCAGUGAGAAGAUCUCAGCCAUCUUCAUCAAAGUGACCAAUCAGAUGAUUAUUGCCUGCAAGCGGUACAUUUCCAACAACGGCUCAGCAAUAUGGGAGCAGGACGGUAAAAAUGUUGUGAUGAAAAUACAGGAGUCCCUUUGUUUGUACCGGGAGUAUCAGUCUUGCUUGGUGAAAACUCAAGAAAAAGCAAAAGAGACGCCAGGUCAAAGGCCCUUUAUCUUUUCCGAGAUGCACGUAUUGAGGAAGUAUGAGGUCUUCUGCAAGCGACUUGAAAGUAUCAUCAAAAUAAUCGCAGUGUUCAAGACAUUCGAAUGCCUGGCCAAGUCCAACAUCGAGGGCAUCGAGGUGCUGGCUGGUCAGUUCCGCAAAGCUUCCACCGACCUUAAGAACAAGCAGGCUGAUGUGUUUGCCACCAGGGUGUCGGCUUUUGAGGCAGACUAUGAAACAUUUAUGAUGCACAAAAGCAACCUAGAGGAGCAGCUAAAGUCCUUCAUGAACUCCAGCUUCUCAAGGUUCGACUCGUCCCAGCAGGCUCUGGUUGUCAUACAACGUUUUAAGAAAUUAAACAUCCCCUGUCUGAUGGCAGAAAUGCCCAAAGCUUUGGGUUCUAUUCUGCAGCUCUACGUCUCGGAAGUGGAGGCCGUAUCAAAGCUCUUUGAGAAGCAAAACGAGGACCCACCAUUGGGCCGCAACAUGCCUCCUGUCUGUGGGAAACUUCGCUGGGCCAGGCACCUCUACAAGAAAAUACACGAACCCAUAUCGUACAUACGUGAAAACUCAGACAUCCUGACCACCCCAGAGGGACGCACCGUGGUGAAAAUGUACAAUCAAACGACGGCGGCGCUCCAACGCUUUGAGGCCGACAACCACAAAGCGUGGAUGACGGAAGUGUCCAAGCUGGAUUUUGCCCUGAAUACUACAGUCUUGAUUCGUUGCACUGUGACAGCAAAAUACAUUGUCAACUUCGACUCCAAAAUAAGCGAGGCCAUCCGGGAGGCCAGCGGCUUGGUGAGGAUGGGACUAGAAGUUCCAAAGCAGGCUUUGCACUUCCUGAAGUCGGAGCUGAGAUUAAAGACAUACCAUCAUUGCCUGCAGACCAUUUUGACUGACUACAAGUUCACGUGUGACAACAUACCUGCCGACUUUACCAACAUGAUUACGUCAAAGACCACGCAAGUGGAGUCUCUCCUGCGCUAUGGCUCUGUCAUGGUCACGUGGUCGUCCCUCCUCCUGGACAAGUACUUUCAAAAUAUUCACAAUGCCCUUUCAGAGCUGAAGUCAAUCCUGACCAAGGUGCAAGAUAUCUGCAAAUUUCACAUUGAUGAUUACCUUGGAGAGAUCUCCGAGACUGUUCUGCUUGAGCUUCCUGAGGAUGACUCUACCACAGUUCGACACCUGAUUGAAGUCAAUCAGGAACUGUGCAGAGAGGGUCUAAAGAAACUGGAACUGAAGUGCACUCACGUCAAAGAAGCAGUCAAUGAUCUGGGAAAAGUGUUCAGCGACAUUUAUAAGUCCAAGCAAGCUCCGAAGGCUACGGACGGACUCAAUUCCACACAGAAGGAGACCCAAAAGGCCUCUGAAGGCGGGGAGGCGACGACGUCGGAGACUCAAGAGAAGUACAAAGCAACACGCUUUGAGAAGGAAUUUACCAAACAAUAUGACUUCUUCGGCACGCGGGUGUUGGAUGCGCUGGUGGAAACAACCAAGUUAUCCCUGAAGACCCUCGAAAGGCGAAUCUGUGGUCCUGACUCUUUCCAGAAAUCGAGGUCUGACAAUGCGUUGAUGCCUUUGAUCAAAUCGGAAGUCCACCUGGCAACCCCCAAUGUGGUGAUGGUCCCCAGCGUCGACGAGAUCCACCGUGCCAUACAUCAAAUCAUCGACUCCGUCUUCGAUGUGAUCAAGGGCAUCCAAUGCUGGGAGGUGGAGUACAGGCAAGACAACACAACUACCGAAGGUCGAGAGAAGAUGAAUUUCUACAGCCGGGUCGUCAGGCACGAUGACGUCAAGGUCGUUAUUUUCACAUUGAAGUCCGCCUUGAAGUCGCAGAAGGAACAAGCCGCCAAUGUGCUGGACCGCUUCAUGAAGUUUAAGGAGCUAUGGUCAGAGGACAAGGAGAAGCAAAUAAAGGUCUUCAUGGACAGCAAGCCAACCUUGAUUCAGAUCAAAAAUAAACUGCAGCACUAUGACAUGUUUGAAAACCAAGUUCAGGAAAUUAAGGACGUCAUUAAUGUCGGGUUGAUUGAAUUCUCAACAGAGGAAUUAAAGUCCUCCCUCAUGGUGGAGGCUAAGGCCUGGAAGCAGCACCUGUGCAAAUGCCUGAGGAAGGAGUGCAGGAGGAACAUCAUCACAACCAGCUUGCACACGCACAAGAGUUUUACGCAACUGUCUCAUCCUGUAGUCAAUUUGGACGACGUGCGCUGCUCAAUGAAGACACUGAGCGAUCUCCGGGAUUCUGAGAUCAACACCAACAUCACACUGAUUUACACUCAAGACGCCUAUGACAUUCUCAUCCUUUAUGAAGCUGAAAUGACUGAGAAGGAGCCAGGGGAGGUCUACGGCUUGGGCCGUUUCUUCACAAGGCUUUUGACCAAGGCUAUGUCGGUUCAGGAUCAGCUGUUCCGUAUGCAGCCCACCCUCAAACAGAGCCUCCAGGAGCGUGUGGGCGUUUUUGAAAAAGACGUUGGCACUUUUAUGGAUGACUAUGAUACGGAUGGCCCCAUGGGUGAAGGAAUAGAACCCAAAGAGGCCAGCCGCAGGCUCCAGAACUUCCAGGCCAGGUUUGCUGAGUUGUGGAGAAACUUCACAAUCUACAAUUCCGGCGAGCAGCUACUGGGUCUACCCGUGUCAAACUAUGACUCUCUUCACAAUAAAAAGAAAGAGCUAGAUCUUUUACAGAAGCUCUACGGCCUGUACGACACGGUGAUGGCCACCAUCACCGGCCACUCCAAGCUCCUGUGGACGGAAGUGGAUAUUGAGAAGAUCAAUAGUGAACUUAUGGACUUUCAGAACAGGUGCCGACGCCUGCCUAAGGGCCUCAAGGAAUGGCAAGCCUUCCUGGACUUGAAGAAAACCAUCGACGACUUUAACGAGCUGUGCCCCCUCCUCGAGAUGAUGACAAAUAAGUCCAUGAUUCGGAGACACUGGGAUCAGAUCUCCAACCUGACGGGGCACAAAUUUGAGGUGGAGUCCAGCACCUGCACGCUGGACAACAUCAUAGAGGCGCCCCUGUUGAAGUACAAGGACGACAUUGAGGACAUCUGCAUAUCGGCGGUGAAAGAGCGGGAUAUCGAAGCCAAGUUGACAGGCGUGAAGGCGGUGUGGUUUGACCAAAAUCUGAGCCUGAUGGACUUCAAGGACAGGGGGGAGCUCAUGCUGAAAGGCGGAGAGACAACAGAGAUCCUGACCACUCUGGAGGACAGUCUGAUGGUGCUGGGAUCACUGCUAAGCAACAGAUACUGCACUUACUACAAAGCCGAGAUCCAAGACUGGGUCGCCAAGCUGUCCACAUCAACAGACGUCAUCGAGCAGUGGGUCAUUGUGCAAAACCUGUGGAUUUACUUGGAGGCCGUGUUCGUUGGUGGCGACAUCGCCAAAGACCUACCUCAGGAAGCGGAGCGCUUCCAGAAAAUCGACUCGACAUGGAUCGAAAUCAUGCAGCGAGCCCGGAAAGUCCCCAAUGUGGUGGAGUGUUGUGUCGGGGAUCCGAUGUUGGGAGAGGUGUUGCCAGAUCUUCAGAAACAACUGGAUUUUUGUCAAAAGUCUCUGACAGGCUACCUCGAGAAAAAACGUCUUCUGUUCCCACGAUUCUUUUUUGUGUCCGAUCCCGCCCUUUUGGAAAUCCUCGGACAAGCCAGCGAUUCACACACCAUCCAGUCCCAUCUGCUGGGAGUGUUUGAUAACGUGAACGAAGCUGAAUUUGAUCUGAAGGCGUACGACAACAUUCUGGCCGUGAUUUCCCAAGAGGGAGAGAAACUUCCGCUGGACAAGCCGGUCAUAGCUCAGGGUCCCGUGGAGCUUUGGCUGGGGAAGCUGCUGGUGGAGCAGCAGUCUUCUCUCCAUACUGUCAUUAAAGCUGCUGACGAUGUGAUCAACGAUGAGGACUUUGAGCUUAUAACCUUUCUUGACAAGUUCCAAGCGCAGGUGGGCCUUCUGGGGAUUCAAAUGCUUUGGACAAGGGAUUCCGAAGAAGCCCUGGAGAAUGCAGAAUUCAGCAAGGAGGUCAUGUUGUUCACCAAGAAGAAGAUGCUGAAUCUCCUUCGAACUCUCAUCAAACAAACCACUUAUGACUUGACCAAGUUUGACAGGGUCAAGUACGAGACCCUUGUCACCAUUCACGUGCACCAGAGCGACAUCUUUGAAGAAUUGGUGGCAAAGUCGGUCAAGUCCACGGGUGACUUUGAAUGGCUGAAGCAGAGCAGGUUUUAUUACAACGACAGCAUCGACAAGAUCAUCGUGUCCAUCACCAAUGUCGACUUUGUUUACCAGAACGAGUUCUUGGGCUGUACCGACCGCUUGGUCAUCACCCCGCUGACUGACAGGUGCUACAUUACACUGUCCCAGGCCCUGGGUAUGAGCAUGGGAGGAGCCCCUGCUGGGCCAGCCGGCACCGGUAAGACCGAAACCACAAAGGACAUGGGUCGCUGCCUGGGGAAGUACGUGGUGGUCUUCAACUGCUCUGACCAAAUGGACUUCAGGGGGCUAGGAAGGAUUUACAAAGGUCUUGCACAGUCAGGCUCGUGGGGCUGCUUCGAUGAAUUCAACAGGAUUGACCUACCAGUGUUAUCUGUGGCUGCUCAGCAAAUUUACAUCGUCCUGACAGCUCGCAAGACGCACAAACCCACUUUUAUCUUCACGGAUGGGGAUGUUGUGGACCUGAAUCCAGAGUUUGGCCUUUUUAUUACCAUGAACCCUGGUUAUGCCGGUCGUCAGGAACUUCCUGAGAACUUAAAGGUGCAGUUCAGGACGGUGUCCAUGAUGGUACCAGACAGACAGAUCAUCAUGAGAGUCAAAUUGGCCAGUUGUGGUUUCAAUGAGAACGUCCUCCUAGCCCAGAAGUUCUACGUGCUUUAUAAACUGUGUGAAGAGCAGCUCACUAAACAGGUCCACUAUGACUUUGGCCUGAGGAACAUCCUGUCCGUGUUGAGGACACUCGGCGCCAGCAAGAGAGCGCGACCCGAUGAUUCCGAGUCCAGCACUGUCAUGAGAGUGCUACGUGACAUGAAUCUGUCCAAACUGGUGGAUGAGGACGAGCCUCUCUUCCUAAGUCUCAUCAACGACUUGUUUCCCGGCAUCAAACUGGACAACAGCACCUACAAUGAACUGCAAGCUGCCGUGAAGAAUCAAGUAGAACUCGCCGCUUUGGUGAACCACCCCAAUUGGAACUUAAAACUGGUUCAGCUCUACGAGGCUUCCCUGGUGCGCCAUGGCCUCAUGACUCUGGGGCCCAGCGGGGCCGGCAAGACGGCAGUCAUCAACAUCCUCAUGCGAGCACUGACCGAGUGCGGAACGCCGCACAGAGAGAUGCGCAUGAACCCCAAGGCCAUCACCGCACCGCAGAUGUUUGGCCGCCUGGACGCGGCCACCAAUGACUGGACGGAUGGCAUCUUCUCCACCUUGUGGAGGAGGACCCUCAAAGCCAAGAAAGGGGAGAUAAUUUGGAUUGUGCUGGACGGCCCCGUGGACGCCAUCUGGAUCGAGAAUCUCAACUCCGUGCUGGACGACAACAAGACCCUCACGCUGGCCAACGGUGACCGUAUCACCAUGUCGCCAGCCUGCAAGCUGGUGUUUGAAGUGCAUAACAUCGAGAACGCUUCCCCGGCCACAGUUUCCCGCGUCGGUAUGGUUUUCAUGAGCUCUUCGGCUCUUAGCUGGGCACCCAUACUUAAGGGUUGGACAAACAAGCGUAACGCUGACGAAGCGGAGAACAUCAUUAUUUUGUAUGACAAGAUAUUUUGGGACGCUUAUACGUUCAUGAGGCUGAACCUGAAGCCCAAGAUGGCAUUUCUGGAGUGCAACUACAUCAUGCAGUCUGUCAACCUGCUGGAGGGUCUCAUCCCAACCAAGCAGAUGGGUGGCCUGGUGGGCGACAAACACCUGGAGCGCCUUUUUGUCUUCUGCCUCAUGUGGAGUCUAGGCUCUCUUUUGGAGUUGGACGACCGUGACAAACUAGAGUCUUUUUUCCGAGAACACGCUUGCAAUAUUGACUUGCCUCACACCCAGCAGGGGGAGACCAUAUUUGAGUACAUGGUAGAUACGGAUGGUCAGUGGUGUCACUGGAACAACCACGUAGGCCAGUAUGAAUAUCCACAAGACCACGUGCCCGACUACUCCUCCAUCCUUGUUCCCAAUGUCGAUAACACGAGGACCGCUUUCUUGCUGGACACCAUCGCCAAGCAACACAAGGCCGUCUUGCUGAUUGGUGAGCAAGGGACAGCCAAGACGGUGAUGAUUAAAAGCCACGCCAAGAAAUUUGACCCUGAGACAGACCUGUUCAAGUCCCUGAACUUCUCAUCCGCCACGGAACCCAUCAUGUUUCAGCGCACGGUGGAGAGCUACAUUGAGAAGAGGAUCGGCAGCACUUAUGGACCACCAGGGGGCCGCAGGAUGUCAGUCUUUGUGGAUGACAUCAAUAUGCCUCUUGUCAAUGAAUGGGGAGAUCAGAUUACCAACGAGAUAGUCCGCCAAAUGAUGGAAAUGGGCGGCAUGUACAACUUGGACAAGCCGGGAGACUUCAUCACGAUUGUGGAUGUGCAAAUGUUGGCCGCCAUGAUCCACCCCGGCGGCGGACGAAACGACAUCCCGCAGCGGCUCAAGAGGCAGUUCACCGUCUUCAAUUGCACGCUGCCUUCCAACACCUCCAUCGACAAGAUCUUUGGUGUGAUUGGCUGCGGCUAUUUCGACGAGUGCAGGAAGUUCAAGCCGCAAAUAACAGUUAUGGUGAAGAAGCUUGUGUCAGCUGGGAGGAUCGUAUGGCAGUGGACCAAGAUAAAGAUGCUGCCGACGCCCUCCAAGUUCCACUACAUCUUCAACUUGCGAGACUUGUCCAGGAUCUGGCAGGGAAUGCUGAAGGUGGAGGCGGAGCAGUGCAACGACUUGAACAUCCUUAUGUCCCUUUUCAAAAGUGAAUGCACACGCGUCAUCGCCGACAGGUUCAUAUGUGCUGAAGAUAAAGAGUGGUUUGAGAACGCUGUUAGCCGUGUGGUCAAAGAACACGUCGACCCCAGCCUGGUCUCAGGGCUUCACAAGGAUCCAUACUUCGUCGACUUCCUGAGAGAGGCCCCUGAGCCGACAGGCGAAGAAGAUGAAAACGCCUCCUUCGACGCCCCCAAAAUUUAUGAGCUGGUGCCGUCUUUUGCGUUCCUAGAAGAGAAGCUGAGGUUCUAUCAGGCCAAACACAACGAUGAAGUGAGGGGUGCACACAUGGACUUGGUGUUCUUCACAGACGCCAUGACUCACUUGGUCAAGAUCUCGCGCGUCAUUCGCACAGACACUGGCAACGCCCUGCUGGUGGGAGUGGGAGGAUCGGGAAAGCAGAGUUUGACUCGUCUGGCCUCGUACAUAGCAGGAUACCAAGUCAAUCAGAUCACACUAACGAAGUCUUACAACAUAUCGAACUUCAUGGAUGACCUGAAAAAGUUGUACAAAUCAACUGGGGCUGAUGGCCGGGGAAACACUUUUCUUUUCACAGACAACGAAAUCAAACAGGAAGCCUUCUUGGAGUACCUCAAUAAUGUACUUUCUUCUGGAGAGGUGUCCAACCUCUUUGCCAAAGACGAAAUCCAAGAGAUUACCCAAAACCUGGUCCCAGUGAUGAAGAAGGAAUUUCCUCGCAUUCCACCAACGUUUGACAACCUCUACGACUACUUCAUAUCACGCGCCCGAAAGAAUCUACACGUUGUCCUCUGUUUUUCGCCGGUGGGACCGAAGUUCCGCUCCAGGUCCCUGAAGUUCCCGGGGUUGAUAUCUGGCUGCACCAUGGACUGGUUCGCCCCUUGGCCGGAGGACGCUUUGGUGGCUGUGGCCCAUCACUUCCUGUCAGAGUUCCCUAUUGUUUGCUCAAAAGAGGUGAAAGCCUCCAUGGUGACCACGAUGGGUGUGUACCACCGCAAAGUGUCUGAGACGUGCGAGAGCUACUUUGAAAGAUUCAGGAGGAGAACUCAUGUCACCCCAAAGUCUUACCUCUCAUUCAUAAAUGGAUAUAAAACGCUCUACCAUCAAAAUCACGAGCACAUCAACACAUUAGCCGAACGCAUGAAUGUCGGCUUGAACAAACUGAUGGAGGCUAGCGUGUCAGUGGCUAAGCUUUCCAAAGAACUUGAAGUCAGUGAGAAAGAGUUGGUGGUGGCCUCCGCCAAAGCUGACAAGGUGUUAGCCGAGGUGAUGAUCCGAAAUGAGGCCGCCACUAAGAUAAAGAACGAAGUCCAAACUGUGAGUGACAAAGCCCAGAAGAUCGUGGAGGAGAUCACGUACGAGAAGGCCAUCGCCGAGGAAAAACUGGAGGCGGCCAAGCCAGCGUUGAUGGAGGCCGAAGCUGCUCUGAAUACCAUCAAACCCGCCGACAUUGCCACUGUGAGAAAACUGGCCAAGCCUCCGCACCUGAUCAUGAGGAUCAUGGACUGCUGCCUGCUGCUCUUCCAAAGGAAGCUAGAAACCGUCACCUUGGAUCCAAAUCUGCCCUGUAUCAAGCCCUCAUGGGGGGACGCUCUCAGGCUGAUGGGCAGCACAGGCUUUUUGGCCAACCUCCAGCAAUUUGUCAAGGACAAGAUCAACGAGGAGACGGUGGAACUUUUGCAGCCCUACUUUGACAUGGAGGACUAUACCAUGGAGAACGCCAAGAAAGUGUGUGGCAGCGUUGCCGGCUUGCUCGCCUGGACCAAAGCCAUGGCCACCUUCUAUGACAUCAACAAGGAAGUGCUGCCACUCAAGGCUAAUCUUGCAGUUCAGGAAGUGCGCUACAGAAAGGCCAGCAAUGAGCAAAUGGCAGCCCAGGCCACGCUAGCGGAGAAGGAGGCUGAGCUGGCGGUAGUUCAGGCCAGGAGUGACGCCGCAAUGAAAGAGAAGCAGGAACUGGUGAAUCGCUCGGAGAUGUGCAAGAACAAAAUGCAGGCAGCCUCAGACCUUAUCGGUGGGCUGAGUAACGAAAAGGUGCGCUGGACUCAGCAGAGUAAGGAAUUUAAAUCCCAGAUCAAAAGACUAGUGGGUGACGUCCUCCAGCUCACUGGCUUCCUGUCCUACUGUGGUCCCUUCAACCAGCUGUUUCGGGACAUGUUGCUGGACAUGUGGAAGAAUGAACUGGUGACCAAUAAUAUUCCCUUCACAGAAAACCUCAACCUGAUUGCUACCUUGGUGGACGCUCCUACAAUCAGUGAGUGGAACCUUCAGGGUCUGCCCGGAGAUGACCUGUCAGUGCAAAAUGGCAUCAUCGUCACAAAAGCAUCCCGCUAUCCUCUUCUGGUCGACCCCCAGACUCAAGGGAAGACUUGGAUUACCGAAAAGGAAAAAGCCAAUUCCCUCCAGAUCACCUCUCUCAACCAUAAGUUCUUUCGUACGCAUUUGGAGGACUGCGUAUCUUUGGGGAAGCCUCUGCUUAUUGAAGAUGUGGGCGAAGAGCUGGACCCCGCCCUGGACAAUAUCCUUGAGAAGAACUUCUUUAAAUCUGGAUCCAACUUCAAGGUGAAAGUGGGAGACAAAGAUGUGGAUGUGUCUGCCAAUUUCCGCCUCUACAUCACCACCAAACUUCCCAAUCCAUCCUAUACCCCCGAGGUGAGCGCCAAGACGUCCAUUAUUGACUUCACAGUCAACAUGAAGGGCCUCGAGGACCAGCUACUGGGUCGCGUCAUCCUGGCGGAGAAGAAGGAACUGGAGGCGGAGCGCUUGAAGCUGAUUGAGGACGUGACGUCCAACAAGAGGAAGAUGCAGGAGCUGGAAGACAACUUGCUGUACAAACUCAGCACCACUAAAGGUUCCUUGGUGGACGACGACUCCAUGAUUGGCAUCUUGAGCACCACCAAGCAAACGGCGGCCGAGGUCAGCAUAAAGCUGAACAUCGCCGCAGAGGCAGAAGAGAAGAUCAAGGCGGCUCAGUCCGAGUAUCGUCCGGUGGCAUGCCGAGGCAGCAUACUGUACUUCCUCAUCACGGAGAUGAGCAUGGUCAACGUCAUGUACCAGACCUCCCUGGGCCAGUUCCUCAAGAUCUUUGACAUUUCACUAGCAAGGUCAGAGAAGUCGGCGAAAACGUCCAAACGAAUCGCCAACAUCAUCGAGUACUUGACUUUCGAAGUGUUCAGGUACACAGUGAGAGGACUGUAUGAAAACCACAAGUUCAUCUUCACGUUGCUGAUGGCCCUCAAGAUUGACCUGCAGAACGGGAAGAUACAACACAGCCAGUUUCAGAUUCUUAUCAAAGGUGGCGCUGCACUGGAUCUAAAGGCAUGCCCUCCAAAGCCCUUUGGUUGGAUCCUAGACAUUGUGUGGCUGAACCUCGUGGAGCUCAGCAAGUUGCCACAGUUUGCUACCAUCCUCAAUCAGGUGACUAAGAGUGGAAAACAAUGGAAAAUAUGGGCCAAUGGCGAUGCUCCGGAGGAAGGAGUCCUCCCAGAUAACUAUAACUCCCUUGAUGUCUUCAAUAAACUCAUGUUAAUCAGGUCUUGGUGUCCCGAUCGGACCUUGUGUCAGGCCAGGAAGUACGUGGGAGACUCCAUGGGCACCCGCUUUGCCGAGCCGGUGCUUUUGAACCUGCACGGCACGUGGGAGGAAAGCGACACCCGCACUCCGCUCAUCUGCUUCCUGUCCAUGGGCUCGGAUCCAACCAACCAGAUUGAAGCCCUGGCAAAGAAACUAAAUCUGGGCUGUAGAUCCAUAUCCAUGGGUCAAGGACAGGAGGUGCACGCAAGGAAGCUUGUCAACAGUUCAAUGGCAGAGGGUGGCUGGGUGCUUCUACAGAACUGUCACUUGGGACUGGAGUUCAUGGACGAAUUGCUGGAAACCAUCACAGUUGCUGCGACCAUCCACAAAACCUUCAGGGUGUGGGUCACCACCGAGCCUCACGACUUGUUCUCCAUCACGCUUCUACAGUCCUCCAUCAAGUUUACCAACGAUCCGCCGCAGGGGCUUCGCGCCAGUUUGAAGCGAACUUUUGUUAGCAUUUCCCAGAACCAGUUGGAGGUCAGCAACCUGCCCACGUGGAAACCUCUGCUGUACGGCGUGGCCUUCCUCCACUCGGCUGUGCAGGAACGACGUAAAUUUGGACCACUGGGUUGGAACAUCCCAUACGAGUUCAACUCUGCGGAUUUCACAGCAAGCGUGGAGUUUGUUGAAAGACACUUGGAUGACUGCGGCCCCAGAAAGGAUGUGUCGUGGGUGACUCUGCGCUACAUGCUAGCUGAAGUGCAGUAUGGAGGCAGGGUGACGGAUGACUACGACAAACGCCUGCUGAAGUGCUUUGCUCGGGUGUGGUUCAGUAAAAAAAUGCUGGACCCAUCGUUCUGCUUCUACACCGAGUACCAAAUUCCGAUAUGCAAGACGAUUGAGGAGUAUGUGGACUACAUUCAGGGCUUGCCUGCCGUGGAUGCCACACAAGCGUUGGGGCUGCACCCCAACGCCGACAUUGUCUAUCAGAGGAACACGUCAGCCGAGGUGCUGGACACCAUCACAAACAUCCAGCCCAAGGAGAGCGGCGGCGGGUCGGGGGCCACUCGAGAGAGCAUCGUGUACAGCAUGGCUGAGGACAUGCUGGACAAGCUUCCUCCUGAUUACAUCCCUCAUGAGGUGAAAGCCAGGUUGAAGAAGAUGGGCGCUCUCAACCCCAUGAACAUCUUCCUACGCCAGGAAGUGGAUCGCAUGCAGAGGAUCAUCUCCAUCGUGCGCUCCACUCUCUUGGAUCUCAAGCUGGCCAUAGAGGGCACCAUCAUCAUGAGCGAGACGCUGCGUGAUGCCCUGGACAACAUCUUUGAUGCUCGUGUACCAAACGUGUGGCGGAAACUCUCGUGGGAGUCCACGACGCUGGGCUUUUGGUUCACUGAGCUUCUGGACAGGAACCGGCAGUUUCACCGCUGGGUUUUUAGUGGGCGGCCCAGGACUUUUUGGAUGACGGGUUUCUUCAACCCACAAGGUUUUCUGACUGCGAUGAGGCAAGAGGUGACCCGGGCAAACAAAGGCUGGGCUUUGGACUCCGUCACCCUGGACAACAAAGUCCUGAAGAAGGCCAAAGAGGAGAUCAAAUCUGACCCGGAUGAGGGCGUGUACGUUCACGGUCUCUUCCUGGAAGGCGCCGACUGGGACAAGAAGAACUCGUGCCUGACUGAGUCGGCGCCCAAAGUGCUCUUCACGCCCCUCCCUGUCAUCCACAUGUUUGCUAUCAACUCCACUGCCCCCCCCGACCCCAAGUACUACGUGUGUCCCAUUUACAAGAAACCCAAACGCACCGACCUCAAUUACAUUACUGCAGUAGUGCUGGGGACCAUGCUGCCCCCCGAUCACUGGAUCAUGAGGGGGGUCGCACUUCUCUGUGACAUCAAAUAGAAUUCACCAUCAGGUUCCUCCGACAUGCUCACAUGUAUUUGGAAUUGGGGUUUCAACACUUAGGCAGGCCCGGCAGAUUAAAAUAAAGUAAACGUUAUGUUUAAGGACCAAAUGAAUCAUUUGGACUUCCUGUGACA